AUGGAUCGGCCAAAAGCUCUAGUUAAAAACACUCACUUGGAUGAAGAUGAUGAAGAAAUUAUCGAACUUCCACAUGUCGAUAACUCCCACCUCAUUGCGAGAUUCAGUAGAAGCUUGGUUGGUCGUAUGUUUAACACCGAAAUCAGAAGCACCGAGGCCCUCAUCUCCUUCAUGCCUCGCCACAAUAUCUGGGAUGUUGAGGGAAGAGUUCAUGGAAUCGAUCUGGGAAAUUCCAGAUUCCAGUUCAAUUUUGACUCUGAAGCCGACCUCUUGAAGGUCCUCAGUAAGAGACCUUGCCACUUUACCAAAUGGUCUUUCUCCCUUGAACGCUGGAUCCCGCACGUUGGUGAAUAUUUCCCCAAUAACAUGACUUUCUGGAUUUGGAUCUCUGGUAUUCCAACUCAUUUUUGGCUGAAAGAAAACUUCGAAGCAAUUGGUAGCCGUUUGGGAAGGGUGACGGCGGUUGAUGCUCGUGCAGCCAGAGUACAAGUCUCUCUCAACGCCGAUGAACCUCUGAAGUUUGCCGCAAAAGCUCGGCUCCAAUCUGGCGAACUAGUCAGGGUAGAAAUGAAAUACGAACGGCUGGACAGGUGGUGUCUCACGUGUAGGCAUAUCUCUUAUGAUGAAAGAUCUUGUCCCCUGUUAUCAGAAGAUCAAAGGAAAGAAAAUAUGAAGGAAAGGGAAGCUGAACGUAACCUGAACCAAACUCUGAGAGAGGAUCUUAUCCGUGAUAGGGAUAUCCUCCACCUGUGCAGACAAGCCGGCCAGAUUUCUGCCCCGACACGUGAAAGAGCUCCUGCUGCAAACCACCUUGCUGAAAACCGUAGCAUCCUGAUCCCUGCAAAUGAAGAGAGAGCUGGUGAAAAAGAUAGAAGGGAUCCACGAGAUACUGAGGUGAGGAAAAACGAUGAUAAUCGAAGUGCAAGUGUAUGGAAUAGACUUGAGCCGAGUAGAGAUUACCGAUCUGAAGCCCGUCACUUUGAACGACGCUAUGUCCCUGAGGAGGAACAAAUCUACAGAGGCAGAGAUCACCCUCAUCAAGCUGAAAAUGUUUACCGCAAAAGGAGGUAUGAGGAAUCUUUUGCGAAUAGCAAGCGCAAGUGGAAGAAAAAGAAAAAGUGA